UACCACGCCGCAAGUACGUCUGGUGGUCGUUUCUUUGGCCAGGAACCGAAAAAUAUUUUAUUAAAAAUUAUACUUCAUUCAUCGCCCGCUCUUUUUUUUUUAACGCGGAAAGAUGUUUCCUCAAUCUGUUUCCGCGCGGAAAAUCAUGAUUCUCUCCGUCGCACUUAUUGUAACAGCCGUAGCGUCUUUCGCCGGUGGCGAACCCAUGAACACGUGCGUACUCCAGAAAAACACAGUCGUCGAAGAAUAUAAACUGUCUACUUUGGAACACAUUUUCGGGGAAACUCUUUUAACUGAGUCAAAUGGAAAUAUUUAUGUUAUAUCAAUUUGCCGCCAUGUGCCGGAAAUGUAUUAUGAUGCCAGAAAGAUGACUGGUGCUAUUAAAUUGACAGCUGAUGGGAACACGAUCGAUCUUGGACAUAUUGACCAAUCCAAUAUCAUCGUUAACGAGAAUAAUAUUGUGCUUACAUACAUUAGUGGUGAUCGAGACAGAUAUACAGAAGACACUUGCAAAGGUCUCCGAUGGAAAACGUAUCUGACGUUUAUAUGUGAUCCGUCUAUAAACUACAAUAUUUUAACAUUGAUUGACGAAGACCCAGAACAACCUGAAAUAUGUCAAGUGUGGUUUGAAGUAAAAACAUCUAAAACAUGUAACUGGCAUCCAAAUAUACCAUUAGCCGUUUUGGAAAAAGAUUUUUCUACUCGUGAAAAUCUGACAACCAAAUCUGAAGAGUGGAGGACUGCUCAUGAAGAAUACAAUGUGAAGGAGUCAACUAAUUCCAAUAAAAUGCCUUUACAGAAAAAUGCGUUUGAUCACAAAAUAUUUAAUUCCAACAACAACAAUAAAUCAAUUAUUAACGAAAAUGACAAUAAUGGUAAAGAAAAUAAAACAAACAACGAGGAUAUUAAAAACGGAAACUUAACUCAAAUUAUUUCAAAAGCUCAGAAAAAACAAUUAGAUAUUGAAAAUAAAGAUAAUUAUUUAAAGACGUAUGAAAAAUCAUUGUUGGCGAAAAUUGAAAAGGAGGAAACCAAAGGAGGUAAUUCAAAAAUAUAUGAAAACAAAAUGUUAAUAGAUCAUGAGAACAAUGAUACUUAUUCAAAUAAUGAUUUGGAAAAUAAAUUUACUAAUCUCAAAUUUAAUAAUACUGUUUCUGGUACAUCGUAUAAUAAUGAAUAUAGUUAUCCUAGAAAAAAUGAAACUAUCUUGCACUAUAAUAAUUUAAAAAAAUAUAUAAAUCAAAAUAAAAACUCAGAAGGUAAAAAUGAAAAUUCGGUUAUAAAUAAAUUAACAAAAUACGAUCAAAAUAAGGACGGUGAAUUAAAUCAAUAUGUUUCGAAAAUGGAAAAAAAUUUAACACGAAAUACAUUUGAAAAAAAAACAUCAAAUAAAAAGAUGAACGAUUUCGAAGAAGACAAAAACUCUUCAGAUAAUGAAAAAAAGUUUAAUCAAGAUUAUUCGAAAAAAUCGUAUUUAAAUAACGAUACUAAUAAUAAAACUUCGAACUCGGUCAACGGAGAUAAAAGCAAUACAAUCAACGAAAGAAAAAUAGUUGAUAUUUCAAAUCAAAGCCAAUCAAAAAACAAUAAAUCGAUUAUUUAUGACGAUAACAAGGUGCCAGGCAAUAUAGUUAACGAAAAUCAAACGCAAAUUCAAAAAAAAAAUUUGGAAUCCAAUCCAUUUCAAGAAGUUGAUUCAAAAACUGUAAUCAAAAACAAUACGAUCAAUGGUAUAAUAACCCCCCGUGAUGAAUCUAAGAAUAAACCAACGGAUAGUGAAGAUAUACAUGUUGAUACUAAUAAUAUUAAUGUGACAAAACAUAAUACAAGUGAUGAUGAUAAAAUUAUCGACACGAAUGAAAAAAAUAAAAUGAAAAAUAAUUAUUUUAAGCCAAAGGAAAAUGGUCAAUCAAAUACAAAUGAAUCUGGUGAAGUAAGUGGUUCGUCUACUGAAUUACCAAUCGACACGUCGACGUUCUAUGAAUCUAAUAAUAUUAAAACAAACAAUAAAUCAAAACAAAAUGGUACAAUUAUAAAUAAUAUCAACAACGUUAACAAAAACAUACAACCAGAACAAUUGGAACCAGAACCGGAACCUAGUGCAAAUUUAUCGGAUAAUAAUGUAAGUGAUGAUUUAAAAACCACCGAAAAUAGUACGAAUCAAUCAGAAAAUAGCUUUAGUUUUUCAAAAAUCUUUGGUAACGACUCCACAGCUAAGAUAAUUGGAUCAAUAGUUUCAUUAAUAUCUAUUUCUGGUGCUGCUGGAGUUGCUGGAACAGCCAUAAAUCGUUUUUAUUAUAAAAAAACUGGUACAGAUCAAAUACCUUUCAAAGGAACGUUUCGGUUAAUUAAAAAUUAUAUAACAAAAUUAUUUUGUUGUUGUUAUAUUUCUGGUGAUGACUUAGAAGCGCAAAACUCUACGAAUGAAAAAACACCUCUUUUACAACCUAAAUUCAAUACUUCAUCACCGCUAGUUGUAGAUGAAAAGUCUCAAAAAUCCAAAAAGCGCAAUAAAAAAAGUGACGACGAGGAACAGCAAAAAAGUGAUAGCACCGACAACGAUGAUAAUAGUCAACAGAAAAGCAAUAAUGAAUAUGGCAGUAUGACAAAUGAAAAGAAAUCACUUGCGAAAAAUGUCGAAGAAACACUUAUAAAUAUUGAGAAUAAUUUGCAAGGAAAAUCUAUAAAAGAUUCUUUAUGUGGAAAAAUGAAUACGAUACUCAAUGAAAAAUUAAAACCUACAAUUAACGGUAUUCUUGAAAAUGUGGUGAAAAAGGUUGAAUCAAAUGAAGAAGUUAAGAAGAACUUGGAUAUCAUAUCUAAAGAUGCAGCAAUGAUAUCCAAAUUAGUAGACAAAGAAAAAUCAAUAAAAAUUACUGAUGAAAAAAAUGUCGAAAUCAAACCUGAAAAUACAAAUUCUCAAUUAAAUAAUGACAAAAAACAAAGUUUGAACUCCGAAGAAAAUAAUGAAAAUGAUGUUCAUAAUAUUAUUGAAAUCAAUACAAAUGUCGAUGUAGAAAAAUCACAAAAUAAAGUACCUUUAAACGAAAUUGAAACACGCAAUGCCGUAGUACAAGAACAUAUUAAUAGUAAAACACUUGGUGAAUCGCAACAGUUUGAAAACGUUACGCCUGUGAGUGAAGUUAGCAUCUCAAAAGUGUCUGUACCAGAUCUUCAACAAAUUGAAACGAAUGAACAAAUGUCUGACAUGAAAACAACGAGUACAUUAGAUGAAGAUACAACCAAAAAAUUAAUUGAAAAUGCACAUAACAAAAGGGAUGUUGUUACAGAAAAUAAGAUUGAAAAACUUGUAGAAACCGUCGUAACGCCCCACACAGAGACUGCGAUGAAAAUAAAUGAAUCGAAAUUAAAGUUCUUAGGGUUCGAAAAAGAAGAUAAAAAUGUCGAAAAAAAAGUGGUGGUCAACAAAUCCAUUGUACCUGAAAAUAAUGAAGAAGAUGAAGAGGAAGUUGAGGUCAUUGAAGAAAUUGUAUACAUAGACGGGGCUGACGGGGCCGAGGAUGAAGAAAUUAUCGAAGAAAUAAUAGAAACUACUACAGUUGAAGAUUUACCGGACACGUUGGACGAAUCUGGUUCGGGGCACACCAAGGUUACAGUCCACACAACUCGUAAAAUAUCGUCAUCUUCGUUGCCCGGAGAGGUGAAAACUAUCGAAGAGACUGUUGUCACCGACGGUGUAUCAGAGAAUGAGAAAAAAUCUCAUGGUUUCCAGUUUGGUAUUGGUAAAUCCGGAGUCAGCAUGAGUGUCGGCGAUAAAAAGUUGGAAAUUGGUAUGCCCAAGCUGAGCCGCAGCAAAAGUAAAUCACCGAAGAACGUAGAAGAUGACGAGCCUGAUAAACGGGACACGAAGUCUCCGGAAAAGUCCAGGAAGUCUAUUUCGAUGCCCAAAAUAUUUAAGCGAUCUAUUUCUCAACCAGCGGACCAUGAUAUCCCUGAAGCUGAGGGUGAGCCACAGUUGGACGCUGCGCCUAUUAGAAAAUCGUCCCAGCCAAGUGCUGGCUUAUUGAUAUUUGGAAAGUCGCGAUCUAAAUCUUCGCUAAUCCUUGAUACGGUUGACAUCGAUGUGAAUACGGGUGUGGUGUCAGACUUCAUCGAUAAUGAACGGAGAGCGUCUCGUAUAUCGAAUACAGGACUAGGUGAAUUCGACAUAGCCGCAGGCGAUGGAGAUGUUGGAACCACGGUGACUGUACGUAAAACGUCCACAACAACUUCUAAAGGAAUAGAUACUUUGCCAGGCAUAGAUACCGUCGUAAAGUCAACUACAGGUUUACCGUCAGGGUCGGUUAAAGUCCAGCAAUCGACCAAGAGUGCUGACACAAAGUCAAACGCUAAAACAAAACGUGAAAAAAAAGAAAAAACGAAAUUAACGACAUUAACGCGGCCAUUUUAGAUCUAAAGAAUAAAUCUAAGGAAUAAUUUUAAACUUACCGUGUAAGAAACUAAAAUAUUAUUGGUUCAUUUGUGUAUUAAUUUUUUUUACAAAUAUUUUUCGUUUAUGUGAAAUAUAUCUGUUGGAAUUUUAAA